AUGGGGCUCCUCUGGAGGCAGCCUCCCCUGGAGCUGGUGCUCCUCCUCUUCCUCCUCACGGUGCUGAGCUAUCUUGGGCCCAGCUUGAGCCUGGAUCUGAUCCCCUACACGCCGCAGAUAACAGCCUGGGACCUGGAAGGGAAGGUUACGGCCACCACCUUCUCCCUGGAGCAGCCUCGCUGUGUCCUUGACGGACAUGCCAGUGCCGGAGACACCGUCUGGCUGGUGGUGGCCCUCAGCAAUGCCUCCAGGGGCUUCCAGAACCCGCAGACCCUGGCCGAGAUCCCGGCCUCCCCACAGCUGCUGACUGACGGCUACUACAUGACGCUGCCCCUGUCCUUGGACCAGCUGCCCUGUGAGGAUCCCGCAGGGGGUAGUGGAGAUGCCCCUCUGCUGCGGGUGGGCAAUGACCACGGCUGCCACCAGCCGCUCUACUGCAACGCCCCCCUCCCCAGCCCUGGACCUUACAGCGUGAAGUUCCUCCUGAUGGACACCAGGGGCUCACCCAAGGCCGAGACCAGGUGGUCAGACCACAUCACUCUCCACCAAGGGAAGGCCCCAGGCUCCAUUGACACGUGGCCAGGACGGCGAAGCGGCGGCAUGAUCGUCAUCACCUCCAUCCUCUCUUCUCUGGCUGGCCUCCUGCUCUUGGCCUUCCUGGCAGCCUCCACUGUGCGCUUCUCCAGCCUGUGGUGGCCCGAGGAAGCCCCCGAGCAGCUGCGGAUUGGCUCCUUCAUGGGGAAGCGCUACAUGACGCACCACAUCCCACCCAGCGAGGCCGCUACCCUGCCCGUGGGCUGCGAGCCUGGCCUGGACCCUCUCCCCAGCCUCAGCCCCUAG